ACCACGACGAGAUACAAGAGGAUCUCCUAAACGUUUUGGAUCCACACAUGACCUUUAUAAAAGAGGUUGGUGGUUUCUCUGGUGGCAUCGGAGGGAAACUCUGGACGGCACUGCCUCCACGAUUUUACCCUUGACCGCCGGCAGCUACUUUCUGAAAAUCUCGAUUAGCAAGCCGGGAGUUGGCUAGUUUAGUAAACCGGUGCCUGUGAAAGAGGACGGGAAAGUUAUCUCCUACUCUCCUCCGGCGACCUUCCUAAAAUGUGCUUCGCUGAAGCUGGGACUGGCAGGGACGGAGAGCAAGAGCCCGGGCGGCUGCUGCCAGAGCGCUAUCCAACUCUUCCCGGCGCCUUGCAGACCCGUAGGACUGAAAGUCGCUUGUGUAGUGAUUCACCGACGCUUGAAGAUGUUGUCACAGUUGCAAAGGAGCUACAACUCGAUUUUCAUACCUGCGAGGAUGCGCCUUCCCUGCCCGUGGGCCGGCAGCAGUCCGAGGACUCCCGGCGGGCGGAGCGGGCUGGCCGGCUGUUGGAGUGCGCCCUGGCGAGAGCGCGGGGCUGCGGCGACCGGCCGCCACUAUGGCCAAGCACCCUCUACGUCGUGCAGCGGCACUGCCCCGGCUACCGGCCGCCACAGGUGAAGAAGCUUGGUAUUGUUGCUGUGAGUAAUGCUUUGCCACAAGACAUUACAUGUUUGGCAGCAGACCGCAUGUUGAUAUUUGCUUCCUAUGACAAUGUUCUCCAUGCUUUUGCCAGAAACAAAGAGGUGGUUCAUACCUAUGAAGGUCACAAGGCAAGGAUACACCUUCUUCAGCCCUUUGGUGACCAUGUCAUCUCUGUGGAUGUUGACAAUGUUCUUAUUGUUUGGGAUACACAGUCAGAAGAGCAGUAUCUUGAAAUGGAUUUUGAUAAGGCCACUUUUGCAGUUUCUGCAGUUCUGCAUCCCAGCACCUAUUUGAAUAAAAUUCUCCUUGGGAGUGAACAAGGGAGCUUGCAGCUGUGGAAUAUAAGAUCCAACAAACUCUUAUAUUCCUUUCCAGGAUGGCACUUUGCAGUCACUGCCCUUGAACAAGCUUCAGCAGUGGAUGUUGUUGCAGUUGGUCUUGUGUCUGGUCAUAUCAUUAUACAUAAUAUUAAGUUUGAUGAAACUCUGAUGAAAUUUCAACAAGACUGGGGUCCCAUCACAGCAAUAUCUUUUCGUACAGAUGGACACUCAGUAAUGGCAGCCGGUAGCCCAGUUGGACACAUUGCUUUGUGGGAUCUAGAAGAGAAGAAGCUAAUUUGUCAGAUGCAAGAUGCCCAUUCCACAGCAGUAGCUGGUAUGUCAUUUGUCCCUGGAGAGCCACUGCUUAUUACUAAUGGUGCUGAUAAUGCUAUACAGGUAUGGAUUUUUGAUGGCCCUGGUGGUACAGGACGUGUCUUGAGAAGCCGGAUGGGGCAUAGUGCACCACCAACAAAAAUUAGAUACCAUGGGCAAAAUGGAGAGCAAAUUCUUAGUGCAGGUCAAGAUGGAACAUUGCAGUCUUUUUCAACAGUGCAUGAAAAGUUCAAUAAAAGUUUAGGACGCGGUUCAAUUAACAAAAAGAAAUCAAAAAAGAAAGGUCUUAAGCUUGAUACUAUGGCACUUCCACCAAUUACAGUCUUUGCUUCAGAAGUGGCGCAUCAAAGUGACUGGGAUGGUAUUGUUGCCUGCCAUCAAGGGUAUAUAAUGUGUACAACUUGGAACUAUCAGAAAACUUCCAUGGGAGCUCAUAAACUGAAGCCAGAAGAAUUUAGCAAACAUAAACCUAUUGAUAUAUAUGCAACAGCUGUUGACAUUACCUCAUGUGGAAACUUUGCUGUAAUUGGGCUGUCAACUGGACAGGUAGAUGUGUAUAACAUGCAGUCUGGCAUUCACAGAGGACAUUAUGGUGAAGAAAGAGCACAUGAGGGAGCCAUUAGGGGUGUAGCAGUGGAUGGAUUAAACCAGCUGACAAUCACAGCUGGUAGUGAAGGAUUAAUUAAAUUUUGGAAAUUCAAAACUAAAGAUCUAGUUUACUCCACUGAUCUUCUGGGUGUUCCCAGUGGAAUUCUUCUUCACAGGGAUAGUGGUAUUCUGGGAAUUGCCUUUGAUGAAUUCAGUAUUAGUGUUUUGGAUAUAGAAACCAGGAAGAUCGUCAGGACGUUCUCAGGACACCAUGGAAGGAUUACUGACAUGACUUUCAGUCCUGAUGGUCGUUGGCUAAUAACAUCAUCAAUGGACUGUUCCAUUAAGACUUGGGACCUUCCCUCUGGAUGCCUCAUAGAUUGUUUUUUGGUAGACUCCGCAGCUGUGAGCCUUACUAUGUCUCCUACGGGAGAUUUUCUAGCUUCAGCACAUGUGGAUGACCUUGGAAUUUAUUUGUGGUCAAACCGUUCUCUGUAUUCACUUGUCUCUUUACGGCCCCUUUCGGCAGAUUAUGUACCUUCUAUGGUGGCACGCCCGACUACCUGCCCCAUUGAAGAUGUGGAUGUGGCAGGAAAUGAAGAAAUGUGUGAUGAAAUGAUAGAAUAUGCCUCACCUGAGCAACUGGGAUUGCAGCUGGUGACCCUUUCCUCAUUACCAGAAUCAAGGUGGAAAAAUCUCCUUAGUCUUGAUAUUAUCAAGAAAAAAAAUAAGCCAAGAGAGCCACCAAAAGUUCCCAAGUCAGCUCCUUUCUUCAUCCCAACAGUUUGUGGUCUUAUACCCCAUUACAUUACUCCAAGGGAAGAAAAUGAUAUACAGUCAAAGGUAGUAAGUCUCGGAGUACUGGCACAGAAAUCUGAUUUUUUCAUUCAUCUUGAAGAAGCCCUGAGAACUAAUGAAUAUACAGCUCCACUUAACUUACUGAAAAGCUUGGGACCAUCUAAUAUUGAGAUAGAACUAAGGUGUUUGGCCCCUGAAGGUGGUGGCUCAAUGGAGGUGAUGCUAAGCUUUUUGAGAAUGAUUGGGAUGAUGCUGAACAAGAAGUACAACUUUGAACUUGCUCAGGCAUACCUUGCACUAUUUUUAAAGUUGCAUCUUAAGAUUCUCUCGUCAGAGCCAAACCUUUUGGAAGAAGUAUCCAGGCUGUCAAUGCAACUUGAGGAAACUUGGAUUCAUUUGCGGACUCUCUUCAAUCAGAGUCUGUGUGUGUUAACAUAUAUGAAAAGCAUUUUGUUGUAAAAUGCUGAUGGGUUUUGUCUGCAUAAGAUUUCCCUUGGAAUAAUAGCGCAAUUUAUUUUAAAAAAAUACUGGAUUUCAGGAAUUAUUCUAUGACUUCUGAUGCUGUAUUUUAUACAUCUGUGUAUGACGGAAUAUUUUAGAAUGUGCAUAACUGAAUAUUUUUUUUUUUUACUCAGAGCAAAAAUUAGUAUGUGCAGCUUAAAUAUACAUGUUGUAUCAGUGUGUGCUGUCAUUGAACAAAAGAGCUGGACAGCUAUAGGUAAUGUAGCUAGUUACUGUAUACUUCCAUGAUCAAAAUGUAAAUCAGAAUGGAGAAGUGGCUUGCAAAAUAAUAAAAGUAGGAAUGUAAUUUCUGUGCAGGAGACCAAAACCUAUAUUGUGCUUGGGAAAUUAUUACUGUAAAGACAAAAAUAAUAUAAAAAGUCUGGGUUAUUAACAUUUUAUUAACAUCAGUUUAAAGCAAAUUAAUAUAAAAAUGCAUUUCUGUACAAUCA